CCGUUGUUGGCCUGAAAAGUACCUCCCUGGAUAUGUGAAAAUGCCGAUUACAUAAAGCCGCCCCGCCAUCACCUCGAGAUUACUUAUUUUCGAACUCCGAAACGCGACUUCCUUUCCCCUAACCACCACCUCGUCCAUUGGUGCCUUUUGGUGCCGUGUGCGUUGAGGACGACGACAACGACGACAACGACCAGCGUUCCUCUGCAUCACCUUCUGAUUAGCCGAGCUCGGAUCGCUUGCCGCUCUAUUUUUGUGGAUUUGGUACCGAGUUGAGAAAGAAGGGCUCAGAAGGGCUGGAUUCACAAGGCUACUCUCCUCUUGCCGUUUCUCAUAUAUCUCAUCAGCAAUACCAAUGGGUGCUUGUAUAUCUUCUGGAGGAGUGGAGGUGACGGAGGCGGAUAAGGCAUUGCAUAGGCAAGCAGAGAAGGAGCUGAAGGAGGCGAAGGCCAAGAUGGCAUCGCAGGUCAAGGUGCUGCUCCUUGGAUCUGGUGAUUCUGGCAAGUCGACAGUGCUCAAGCAAAUGCGGUUUAUCCACCGAGUACUGUUCUCGCCUCAGGAAAUCGAGUCGUAUCGACAGCUCACAUUCGAUAAUCUCACUCGUGGGCUCAAGUACGUUCUAGACGCUAUGGAAGACAUGGACUUGAAGGUGUCAGAAGACAACCAGAAGUACCUCGAGGUUAUCGAGAACGCCCGUGAUCUCAGGGAUGGGGAACCCUUCCCGAUGGAAUAUUAUGAACCCCUGAAAUCACUAUGGAAUGAUCCCGAAGUACAGAAGGCGUGGCAGAGAGGCAACGAGGCAGCUUUACCAGAAAAUCUUCUUUACUUCUUUGGAUCAUUGGAUCGGUUAUUUGACCCGCAAUAUCAACCUACGGAACAGGACAUCAUUCAAUGCCGAGCCCGGACCAUUGGCAUUACGGAGACGACAUUUACGCUCCGAGAACACGAGAUGCUUAUGGUCGAUGUUGGAGGCCAGAAAUCGGAGCGACGAAAAUGGAUUCAUUGCUUCCAGGACGUGACGAGUAUACUGUUUUUGGUCAGCCUGAGCGGAUACGACCAAUGUCUGGUGGAAGACAAGGAUGCGAAUCAAAUGCAAGACGCGAUGACCAUAUGGGACUCAAUAUGUCACUCGCAGUGGUUCAAGCAGACGUCGAUCAUUCUAUUCUUGAACAAGAACGACUUGUUCGAGAGGAAGAUACCACAUUCUGAUAUAAAAAAUUUCUUCCCGGAUUAUGAUGGUGAAACGGGCGAUGUCCGUGCAGGCCGCGACUACUUCAAGCGUCGGUUUACAAAACUCGCCACAAGAGCUGGCCGACUAAAAGAGCGCGAGAUAUACAUACAUAUGACGACUGCCACGGAUACUGCAAUGCUUCGUGUCGUUAUGGCUGCCGUAGAAGAGUGAGUCCCUUUCCUUUUGUUUUCAUCCAUCCCCUUUCGGUCCCGUAUCCCGUGCUUCCCUUUCUCCCCGAUUCCCGAACGUGCGCUCAAUCUUUUCUUUGCGCUCCCUUUCCCCCCUUUUCCCCUCUAG